UGUUCAGUUGAUAUCCCUGGAAUGACAGCAAUAAGACAUUUAAAGCAUAGACAUCUGGAAAGAAUCAGAAGAAAAACAUGGCAGAACCUGGGAAAAGGGUUACAACUCAUGGACCAAGAUGUUUUUCCAAGAUCAAGAUGUUUCUGCUGGCAUUAGCAGUAGCAUAUGUAGCCAAAUCACUAUCAGGAGCUUACAUGAAUUCCAUGCUCACACAAAUAGAGAGACAAUUCGAUAUCCCCACAUCUAUAGUUGGAUUGAUCAAUGGGAGCUUUGAGAUUGGAAACCUUUUGUUGAUUAUAUUCACGAGUUACUUUGGAAUGAAGCUGCACAGGCCUCUCAUGAUUGGUGUCGGAUGUGUGGUUAUGGGCCUAGGGUGUUUCUUAAUGUCACUACCUCAUUUCCUGAUGGGCCGAUACGAAUAUGAAAAAUCAAUUUCACCUGCAAGCAACUUGUCCUCAAACAGCUUCUUGUGUUCGGGAAACAGAACCCAGACCUUAAUGCCACCACAUGACCCAAAAGAGUGCAUAAAAGAAAUUAAAUCCUCAAUGUGGAUAUACAUAAUGGUAGGAAAUGUUAUCCGUGGAGCUGGUGAGACUCCCAUCAUGCCCUUGGGUAUUUCCUACAUAGAAGAUUUUGCCAAAUCUGAAAACUCCCCUUUAUACAUUGGGAUUUUAAAUAUUGGAACGGUCAUUGGCCCUUUAAUUGGAUUUAUGUUGGCAAGCUUUUCUGCAAACACUUACGUAGAUGCUGGGUCUGUGAAUACAGAUGACCUGACCAUAACUCCCACUGACACACGCUGGGUCGGUGCUUGGUGGGUCGGCUUUUUGAUCUGUGCGGGAGUGAAUGUCCUGACCAGCAUCCCCUUUUUCUUUUUUCCCAAAACACUCCCAAAGGAAGGACUAGAGGAUAAUGUGGAUGUGGCUAAAAGUGACAGAGAAGAGAAACACCGAGGAAAAGCCAAGGAGGAAAAACGUGGAAUCACUAAAGGCAAACAGAAAAACUUUAAACCCUGUAUUUGGUUUAGAUGGUCUGCAGUUUGUGGAACGUUUGACAUGCUGUGCUGAGUUAAGAUAGUUUGUCACUAAUGGUCCCUACUCAGAUGUGUUAAACUCCUUCCAAAGUUACCACUUGGGAGCAACUGACAUAAUUUGUAACCUGCUUAUUUUAGAUUAGACUUUAUGAAAAAUUCAAGUUGAUCUGAUAAUUCAAAAAGCAAAUAUAAUUUUAUAAUUUUGAAAAGCCUAUUUUGCACAAAAUACUAGUAUAAGUUAAAAAACAUGAAUAACCAGAAAUUCAGCUAAAGAUAAUGGGAGAGAAAUAUCCGUACUAAGGUAACAGUGUAGUUUGAUAAUAAAAAUGUCUGUUUAGCAAUGAGCAUUCUUGAAGUUAAGGCUGGAAGAGAAAACUUAAGAGGUGAUAUAAUCCUCUGUAUUUGAAGGUGUGUGAUAGUUUACAGGAGAACUGUUCCCUAAGGAAUAGACUGUUGUGAAACAAGUAGGAAUGUUAUUAACCUAAGAUGCAGAGUAGUAAUGCUCCUGUAGAGACUAAGGUGAGAAGCUGAGUGUUCAAGACUGCCUGUUCUUAUACCUUGGCACUAAUUUCACAGUUGUGCGUGCAGAGACCUUUGCAUCAUUAUCAAGAGAUAUGCUUUCAUGGCUUGGGCUCUGGAAUUCAUAAAGUGUAUACUUGGAGGAUAGGAAGAAUAUAUUUCUUUACGUAUCAAAUGAGAUUAACAGUAUGUUACAUUCUUGGGUUUCUGUCCUGUUCUGGAAUAGACUACUGUGGUCAGCAUUUUAAUGAUGGUGUUGUAUUUCCUCCACUACUCAUAUCCUCCAACAAUGAUAUGCCCUGAACAAUCACACAUCUCCAUUAAACACUAUUGACUAUUGCUGAGGUGCUAGUCAAACUGGCAUCCAGUUCAGAGGCUUGAACUUUCUUAGAAUCAUGGUCAUGUUAACAAUUCUUCUGAAAGAGCUAAUAAUUAUUUUUAUGUUUGACUGUAUGAUCUGCAAUAUAAACAUAUUGUUUUUAUUUUUA